UCAAUGGUACAUUCUUUUUCAACUAGCUUCUGCUAUUCUCAUUUCCUAGAAACACAACAACGUGUACGAAGGGUCAGAGACUUGCAAAGAAUAACGAAAACCACUCAACAAACCUACCCUCACCAUAAUCUUCAAAUUUUAGAAUAUAAAUUAUUCAAACAAAUAAAUGGAGGGGCCAUGGCGAUCAUAGCAGCAGGCAGGCAACAGCUUAACCCCACGACAACGCUUUAAUUACAACUCUCUUUUCUAUAAAUUUUCAUCUUCAGCUUCUCAUACUCUGCUCUUCACCUACAAAAAAACACACCAACUCACUAACAAGAAUUACCAAACCAUAAAAUGGAAAAACAGGGACCGGUUAAAAAUGGCGCUGAACCAUGUCCCGCCACUAACAGAGUCUCGCUCCUUAACUGCAUCGAUCUCUCCAGCUCUGACAUUCACCAAUCCGUUUCUCUCAUCAAACAGGCAUGCUUGGAUUGUGGAUUCUUCUACGUGAUUAAUCAUGGGAUAAGUCAAGAAUUCAUGGACGAGGUUUUUGGUAUGAGUAAAAGGUUUUUUGAAUUGCCAUUGAAUGAGAAAAUGAAGCUUUUAAGGAACGAGAAACACAGAGGUUACACACCUGUUCUUGAUGAGCUUCUUGACCCUGAUAAUCAAGUACAUGUAGGAGAUUAUAAGGAGGGAUAUUACAUAGGUGUUGAAGUACCUGAAGGUGACCCUGAAGCAGAAAAGCCCUUUUAUGGUCCAAAUGUGUGGCCUGCACCAGAUGUUUUGCCUGGAUGGAGGGACACAAUGGAGAGAUUUCAUCGAGAAGCUUUAGAGGUGGCUAAAGCAGUUGCAAGGAUAAUAGCCCUUGCACUUGAUUUAGAGGUUGAUUUUUUUGAUAAGCCUGAAAUGCUUGGAGAGCCUAUUGCUACCUUGAGGCUACUACACUAUGAAGGUCAAGUUUCUGAUCCUGUGAAAGGAAUAUAUGGAGCUGGGGCACAUUCAGACUUCGGUUUGGUUACCCUCUUAGCAACAGACGAUGUGUUAGGUCUUCAAAUAUGCAAGGAUAAGGACGCUAAACCUCAGACAUGGGAAUAUGUAGCACCAGUAAAAGGAUCAUUUAUUGUGAAUCUUGGUGACAUGCUGGAGCGGUGGAGCAACUGUAUAUUCAAGUAAUGGUUUAGAUUAUUCUUACAUUUUAUUCUUUACAAGAUAUGAGUGAAUUUACGGCUUCACAAGGCAGUCAGGACGACUUACCUGUAGUUACAUUAAUCAUGAAUAAUAAUUAACCUUAAACUUUGUUUGUUUUACAUUU